AUGGCAAAGAAGAAAGAAACACACAGAGCAAAGAUAGUAGUGAUCGGCGAUGGUGCGUGCGGCAAAACAUGUUUAUUAGAGGUGUACAAGUCUGGAAUAUUCCCAGAGGAUUAUGUCCCCACAAUUGUGGACAACUUCGUAAUGAAGGAAGAAGUGGAGGCCGGCGAGGUGGUCUUAACUCUGUGGGAUACAUCUGGACAGGACGAAUACGACGCUCUGCGUCCCCUCUCCUACAGCAACGCCAAUCUGAUCGUUAUUUGCUACUCAAUCGAGAAAAAAGACAGGCUGGGAAACAUCGAGGAAAAGUGGCUGACAGAGAUCCAGAAUCUGUGCAAAAACGUCCCGUACUUCCUGAUGGGGCUGAAGGCAGACGUGCGGAACAACGCGCCGCCGUCUGAGUUGGAUAAAUUCGUAAGCACAAAGGAAGGAGAGGACUUGGCGCAGAAAAUAGGCGCAAAGUAUUUUUCCGAGUGCUCGGCGCUCACGCGAAUGAACGUUAAAGAGACGUUUAAGGAAAUAGCAAAUUACAUUGUAAAACACAAAGAAGAAACAAUGUCUGGGAAAAGGCUUAAAUUCUUCUAUUGUUGCUAG